AAUUUAUAUAAAGCUAUAUAAUGCUAUAAAAAUUUCUAAAAGUAUAUAUAUGUUUCGUUUUCAGAUGUCGAAAAUCAAUAACCUUGAGUAUGCUGCCCUUAAUCUCUCUGGAGACAAUUAUCUCCAAUGGGCAUUGGAUACAGAGAUCAUCCUAAAGUCUAAAGGUCUCGGUGAAUGUAUUACCGAGAAAAACAAGGCUGAUGAAAAGGAUCAAUAUAAGGCAAUAUUAAUUAUUCGCCAUCACCUGAUUGAGGGUCUCAAAGAUCAGUACUUAACCAUUCGAAAUCCUCUAGACCUUUGGAAUGAGUUGAAACAAAGAUAUGAUCACCAAAAGACGGUGCUAUUACCAAAGGCUAGAUACGAAUGGAAAAACCUCAGGAUCCAAGACUUUAAGUCUGUGGAUCAAUACAACUCAGCAAUGUUUAAGAUCGUUUCUAAACUUAAACUAUGUGGUGAGGAUAUAACGGAGGAAGAUAUGCUUGAAAAGACUUUCUCCACCUUCCACACAAGUAAUGUGUUGCUACAGCAACAGUACCGUGCAAAAGAAUUCAAGACUUAUGCGAGCUUGAUUUCAUGCUUAUUACUUGCUGAGCAAAACAAUGAGUUACUGAUGAUAAAUAGUGAGAUAAGACCUCCAGGUGCCACACCUUUACCAGAAGCUCAUGCGGCUACUGAAGCUGACACAGAGGCUAACCACGUCCAAUCCCACAGCCACAGGCGUGGAAGAUACAAUGGACGGGGCCGCGGUCGUCAUAACUCAGGCCGUGGUCGAGGCAACCAGUCUGGUCGAGACCAGAACCAGGGACGCUUGUCCGGACGAGGUCAUGGUCGAGGGCGCGGAUCAUCAUUCAAACCGCAGCACACAAACUCGACCAAAUCCGUAUGCCAUCGGUGUGGAAUGAGUAACCAUUGGGCAAAGACUUGUAGGACUCCCAAGCAUCUAGUUGAGCUAUACCAAGAAAGUAUGAAAGGGAAGAAUCCUGAAGCUCAUAUGGUGAUCCAAGAUAAUGAAAAUGAUUUCGAUCAUGAAAAAGAUGAUCUCAUGGAUUAUGAAACAUCUGAUGUUCUAAAGGAUUGA